GUCAUGGGAUUACUGCCUAUUUUUCUCAUACUGUUAAGCUUCUGUGUAGGUUUGAUUACAUCCUUCGAAUCGAUUACAUCGUCUGUAUUCAUCAGAGAUUCAGAAACUGUAAGCUCAAACAACAGAGCAUUCAAACUUGGAUUCUUCAGCCCCAAAAAUACAACAGAUCGCUAUGUAGGAAUUUGGUAUGUCUCCAAUUUCAAAGUCAUAUGGGCGGCCAACAGAAACCAACCACUGCGGGAUUCUUCUGGGAUCAUUACCAUAUCUGAGAACAACAAUCUUGUACUGUUGAAUGGAAAGAAAGAGGUUUUUUGGACAUCAAAUGUAACAAACAGAGCAUCAAGUUCGACCGCCCAACUUCUUAAUUCCGGUAACCUUGUGCUGAUAGACCACACAGGCAAGACAUUAUGGGAGAGUUUCCGACAUCCAAGUGACACAGACCAUUCAAAUUUGGUAAUUAGUGCACACCAGAAAACAGGUACAUCAAGAAAAAAUCUUUCUGGAAGAAAAUUGGCCUACAUCAGCAGAAUAAACAAAGUUGGAAAGCAAAGGGUUCAAGAAAACUGUGAUACUUACAAUUACUGUGGGGCAUAUGGAAUCUGUGACUCCAAUAAUUCACCAAUCUGCAACUGUUUGAGAGGGUUUGAGCCAAGGAAUACCAAGGAAUGGAAUGACCAAAAUUGGACUAGUGGGUGCGUGAGGAGAGCGUCACUGCAGUGUGCAAGUAACGGAAGCAAAAACGAUUGGUUUCUGGAGCUGCAGAUGACAAAAGUUCCCGAACAUUCAACAGCAUCAUUUGUUUCUGAGGACACAUGCAGAACUCAAUGCAUAAAUAAUUGCAAUUGUACAGCAUAUGCAUAUGUUUCUUCUCUUUCCUGCAUGUACUGGACUGGAAACUUAACGGACAUAGUAAGACAGCCUGGUGGAGGAAUUAAUCUCUACAUACGCCAAGCCAAUUCAGAACUUGGUAGGAAGAAGAAAGACGUCAAAGUAGUUAUCGCAGUAACAGUGAUCAUAGGAGUGAUUAUCGUUACCAUCUGUGCUUAUAUCUUAAAGGCAUGGGCUGCUAAGUAUUCUGCAAGAAAAAAGGAGAGCAAGGCAAAAAUAUUGCUGAACAAAGAAGAAUACCAACUUGGAGACCUGAAAAUUGCUAAACUUGAGAAGCUACCACUGUUUGAUUUUAGAAUCAUCGCAACUGCAACGAACGACUUCAGCAUUGCUAAUAAGCUUGGAAGGGGUGGUUUUGGCUUAGUGUACAAGGGAGAAUUACAUGAUGGGCAGGAAAUAGCAGUGAAAAGACUCUCAAAAACUUCUAGACAAGGGCUGGAAGAAUUCAUGAAUGAAGUGAUUGUGAUUUCAAAGCUUCAACAUCGUAAUCUUGUAAGACUUCUAGGAUGCUGCAUUGAAGGAGAUGAAAAAAUGUUGGUAUAUGAGUACAUGCCUAACAAGAGUUUGGAUGCUUUUAUAUAUGAUCCAGUCAAAAAAAAGGUUUUAGAUUGGAAAAACCGCUUGAACAUUAUCAAAGGAAUUGCUCGUGGUUUACUUUAUCUCCACAGAGAUUCUAGACUAAAAAUUAUACAUAGAGACCUAAAGCCAAGUAAUAUCUUACUAGAUGCACAACUUAAUCCUAAAAUAUCAGACUUCGGUUUGGCAAGAAUCUUUGAAAGUAGUGAAGACGAAGGCAAUACUCGAAGGGUUGUUGGAACAUACGGUUAUAUGUCACCUGAAUAUGCAAUGGAAGGGCUAUUUUCAGAGAAAUCAGAUGUUUUUAGCUUUGGAGUUUUGCUAUUUGAGAUCAUCAGUGGUAGGAAAAAUACAAGCAUUUGUGAUCAUGAACAAUCAUUGAACCUCUUGGAACAUGCAUGGAAAUUAUGGAAUGAAGAAAACAUUGAAUCUCUCAUAGACUUGGAAAUAUCUGAUCCAGACCAUGUCAAUGACAUUUUGAGAUGCAUACACAUAGGAUUUUUAUGUGCUCAAGAACAUGCAAGAGAUAGGCCUUCUAUGACCACCGUAAAUUCAAUGCUUAACAAUCAUAUUGUUGAUCUUCCUCCAUCAUGUCAGCCCGCAUACAUACAGAGGAAGGUUGUGACAAGUGCAGAGUCAUCUCAACAGAGCAAUAGGUCAUGCUCUGUUAAUAGUGUCACUCUCACAAACAUGCAAGGGUUGUUUAGAACCAAACUACUGGGUAUUCUCAACUUUCUUCUCAAUCAGUUCCUAAGUAGCAUUGAUAGUCAAGUGGAAAUGAGCACUUCCAUCACAGCAGUAAGUUGUGCGAAUGAACGGAUGGUGUAGUGCCAAUCCCUCAAAGACGGCGAUGUUUUACUCUCCAAUGGAGGAACCUUUGCCCUCGGUUUCUUCAGACCCAGCAACGAUUCAAGAAAUCGCUACGUUGGAAUAUGGUAUCGUAGAUCCACCAAACCAACCGUUGUGUGGGUAGCUAAUAGAGAGAAUCCUCUCAAUGAUACUUCUGGUGUUUUGUCGAUUAAUACCCAUGGAAACAUCGUUCUCGUUUACAAUGAUACGGAUUUGAACCGAAUUAGCUCCAUUUGGUCUUCAAAUGUUUCGAUCACAUCUUCUAGUCACACCUUUGCAAUGCUUCAAGACACAGGAAACUUGGUCUUGAUCGGAAAUGAAGGUAGACCAAAGGUUCAAUGGCAGAGUUUUGACUAUCCCGGCGACACACUGGUUCCGUUCAUGAAAAUUGGGGUGGACCGGAAAACCGGGUUCAAAUGGUUCCUUACCUCAUGGAAAUCCCCAGACGACCCAGGGUUGGGGAACGUGAGCCACAUAAUCGACCCCACAGGCUAUCCUCAAAUGUUCGUUUAUAAAAAUGGAGUCCCAUUUUGGCGGGGCGGGUCUUGGACUGGUCAAAGAUGGAGCGGUAUACCUCAAAUGACACCCAACUUCAUCUUCAACGUCUCCUUUGUUGACGAUGCCAAUGAAGUUAGCACGGUGACUCGAAUCGUGGACCCUUCGGUGUUCUUAAGAAUGGUGCUGGACAACACUGGUCAUGAGACAAGAACUAUAUGGCAAGCUAAGGAGAAUAGAUGGCUCCAAGUAUGGUACGGUCCAACAGAGGACUGUGACCACUAUCGCCGAUGCGGGUCAAAUAGUAAGUGCGACCCGCACAACGAGGACAAGUUUGAGUGUGUGUGCUUGCCCGGAUUCGAACCCAUGAAUCCACAAGAGUGGGAUAUGAGGAACGGGUCAAGUGGGUGCGUGAGGAAGAAGAAUGUAUCCACGUGUCAAAGCGGGGAGGGAUUUGUGAAGGUGCCACGUGUGAAGGUUCCCGACACGUCGAAGGCACGUGCAAACAAGAGUGAGAGUAUGAGCUUCAAAGAGUGUGAGGAGAAGUGCUUGGAGGAUUGUUCAUGUGUAGCGUACACAAGUGUAGAUGAGGUCAAACAAAGUGGGUGCUUGACGUGGCAUGAUAACAUGGAAGACAUCAGAACAUACAACGAUGUGGGGCAAGAUUUGUAUGUGCGCGUAGACGCAGAUGAAUUGGCUAAAUAUGAAAGAAAGCAUUAUGGUUCUCUUGGCAAGAAAGGGAUGGUAACACUCACAGUCAUUUCUAUUUGUCUGAUAACGUUCCUGGCGAUCUCUUUUGCGUAUUGGUUUGUAAAGAAAAAGAAUCAAGCAAAAAGAAGGAACAACCAAUAUUUGUUUGAUGGAGAAAAUAAUUCCAAUUUACCUCUCUUCGAUCUAAAGGACAUAGUUGAGGCAACAAACAAUUUCUCAGACGCUAAUAUGCUUGGAAAAGGUGGCUUUGGCUAUGUAUACAAGGGUCUACUCAAAGAUGGAAUGGAAAUAGCAGUAAAGAGGCUAUCAAAGUAUUCUGGACAAGGCAUCGAAGAAUUCAAAAAUGAGGUUACUUUAAUUGCAAAGCUCCAACAUAAAAAUCUUGUGAGGAUCUUAGGUUGUUGCAUUGAUGGAGAAGAGAAAAUGUUGAUAUAUGAAUAUUUGCCAAACAAAAGCUUGGACUCUUUCAUUUUUGAUUGGAGGAAAAGAUUUGACAUUAUUUGUGGAGUUGCAAGAGGAAUUUUAUACCUUCAUCAAGAUUCAAGAUUAAGAAUAAUUCAUAGAGAUUUAAAGGCCAGCAACGUCUUGUUAGAUUCUGAAAUGAAUCCAAAAAUUGCUGAUUUUGGAAUGGCUAGAAUAUUUGGUGGAGACCAAAUUGAAGCAAAUACAAAUCGUGUUGUUGGAACCUAUGGUUAUAUGUCUCCUGAAUAUGUAAUGGAAGGAAUUUUCUCAAUAAAAUCAGAUGCAUAUAGCUUUGGAGUUUUACUUUUGGAGAUUAUUACUAGUAGAAAGAAUAGUGGUCACUAUGAUGAUAUUUCUUCUCCUUUGGUUGGGCAUAUUUGGGAUCUUUGGAGAGAAAGUAGAGCUAUGCAGAUUGUUGAUCGAUCAUUAAUAGGUGAGUCAUGCCCUGAACAUGAAGUUCUGAAAUGCAUACAGAUUGGGCUUUUAUGCGUGCAAGAAUAUGCAACAGAUAGGCCAACAAUGUUUGAAGUUGUUUCCAUGUUGGAUAGUAGUGACUCAACUCUUCCUCCUCCAAAUCAACCCACAUUUCUUUUGAAGAAAACUAAUUGUGAUGCAAAUCCAUCAAUAAGUGGAGGGGUUAAUUCAAUAAAUGAGAUGAGUACUACUGUGGUUGAAGCUCGCUGAAGGCCAUGACUCUCAUGGUAACACUCUUAUAUAAUGCUAUAAUUGGUACUUUUG